CUUUGUAUUUAGAGGUUUUUUUUAAGUGUAGGUGAAGCUUUAGUAGAACUUUAGCAAGGUUUGGAUCCAAAUUCGAUUUUACAUGCAUGUUACACAUCAUAAAUAUAAGCUUAGUGAAGACGCAUUAUUGAAAGGGGAGGACUGUUGAGUUAGAAAGUUCUGAAACAGAAACACCAAAAAUAAUAAUUAAUAAUAAUUAAUUAAGGCGACUCCCAAGGACAAGGAAAAACAAAAUGACUAUAUAAAGAAUAUGAAGUCGUUGGCUUUAUUUUAUUGAAACAAAAAUCUUUUAACAAAUUGAAUUCAGUUUCCGGUUGGUAAUACGCGUGCCUAUGAUAACAACCACCUAAUGGUUUAAUGGUUUCAACCAAAAGAACUGAUAACUCCAGUACACAGGGCUGGAGGUCCGUAUCACUAAAUGGGACUGAAAUGCCUAAAUGGUGUUCAGUCUGUAAGCGAACUCCAAAUGAUGAAUACCUUAUUGCACCCGCUCCUUAAGUGGUUAGUCUUCUGCUCAAUAGCAGUAAUUGUGGUUAUCAGUUUUGCAAACCAAAAUGCAAGUACUCAGUAUCGAACACUUACCGAGGAGUCCAGAGCUUCGAAUUCACCAGCAGAAGGAUCAGAAAGCCCCAUAAGUGAUGUUACUCCCGUGGUGGAGGAGGCAGUGAAGCCACUUUUCUUUGUGGAGACCGCCAAGUGCAAGAUUCCCUAUGUGGACCCCUUUGAGUCGGAUGCCAUGGCUAUAUUCCAUCCAGAGCACUUCGAGACCUGCUCCAAUGAAACCGCCCUUGUGGUACCGAUCUAUGACAUCAGUCGACAGCGAUAUGUGUUGUUCAUUAAUAAGACGUUAGCUUCUAUCAUUGCGAACUCUACUGAGGUGGAGUACAACUGCUAUUAUCGGGAGAUAACACGCGACAGGGAGCACGACAGCUUUGACAGGCUGGAGCGCAAAUACUUUUCCCAGAACUACGAGGUGCCCUUGCAUGUUCAGGGCCUGAUCUUGGCCUGUCAUCGGCUUGGCAACGAGUCGGAUAUUCUGCAGAGCGAUGCCUAUACCCUGAUUCAAAACAAGCCACUUCCCCCAGGACUCUCGAUGGAACCGUCUAAGCGAAAGCCGAGUGUCCUAAUGUUCGGGAUAGACUGUCUGUCGCGCAUUAAUUUACGUCGAACCAUGCCCAAGGUAUACAAGUUCCUUACGAACGAAGGUUGGUUUGAGCUGCAAGGAUACAAUAAGAUAGGUGACAACACAUUUCCCAACCUGCUGGCCAUUUUGACGGGUUACGACAAAGACUCGGCCUUGGAAAAGGUCUGCAACUGGCAUGAGAAGGGGUGUUUUGACAAGAUCCCCUUUAUUUGGAAGUACCUUCACAAUGCCAGCUAUCUGACCGCCUACGCUGAGGAUGAAAGUAACAUUCACACGUUCAACUACUUUAAGCCCGGCUUUUUGGAACAACCCACCGACUAUUACCUUAGGCCCUUUCAAAAGGCCUUUGAGAAGGACAUGAACACGUGGAAAUGUAAAGACUGCUCGAUGAGGUACUGCAUCGGUCGACGGAUUACCAGCAGCUACGCCUACGACAUGGCUAGAGAUCUGGCGAGACGUUACGUGGACGAGCGUCCCAUCUGGGGUCUCUUCUGGUCGAACAGCUUCAGUCACGACAGCUUUCAGAUGCCCUCAAAAAUGGAUGACUAUGUGCUGCAGUAUUUACUGGACUUCGAGGAAGAUGGAGUGUUCGAUCAGAGUAUUAUGAUCUUCCUCUCGGAUCAUGGAUCUCGUUAUGGAAAACUCAUGUCUUUGCCCAGUGGUUUCUUGGAGGAGCGACUGCCGACGAUGUUUAUUUACUUGCCGCCCUGGUUUCGGGCCCAAUAUCCGGACUAUGUAAAGGCCCUGCAGUUGAACAGAAACCGCCUGACCUCCAACUACGAUCUGCACAACACCCUGAAGCACAUCAUCGAGCUGGGGGGAACUCCAGAUGGUCCCAAACUUCCCAAGGCUGCCGACUGCCCCAAGUGCCAGUCCGUUUUCCUUCCCGUCGAUGAGUCGAGGACUUGUGAGGAUGCCGGAAUACCGGAGCACUACUGCACCUGCACGCCUUAUAAACGACUGAAGGUGAAUUGGGCAAAGCGCAUAGCCCCCCUGGUAAUCGGUCGAAUCAACGAGUAUUUGGCCGGCAGGAAUCUCAGUGACAUUUGCUCGGAGCUAACUUUGAACUACAUACACGAGACAGAGAUGAAAAUCGAUCUGGAUCAGAACUUCCACGACGAUAUGCCGUUCAUAGAGGUGGCUACCUAUCGCACCAUGUUCAAGGUGAAGCAGAACUCCGCCGACUUCCGAGCCACAGUUCUUUUUAACAAUGUCACCGGAACUGUGGACGUUGAGGUGCCCACUAUAAGUCGACUCGACAGUUAUGAAAAGGUUUCAACCUGUGUAAACGACAAAACCGAUAAGAUGUACUGUAUUUGCAAAAGUGAUAUCAAGAGUUAGAAUAGGUUCAGGUUCACAUUAUGCAGUUACUAUCUACAAUGUAGAUUCCACAAGAGUUUAUAUAGAUUUUAAGUAAAUUACCUCGAAGGCCUUAGAAAACUUCCGAAUUAUUCGAAAUAUUGCUUCUAGUGAAGAUAGAGGUGGCCAUCAUCGGUUACGAAAAACCUGCCCCUUAUUCUGAUUAAACAUUUUGGCUGGUGCAUUUUCACAUAAUAAUCUUUUUUCAAAAACUGAGGAUUUCAUUAGCUCCCUUAUCAAUUAAUUCAAAAGCAUUUGUGUUUUAUUACCUUAAAGAAGGUGAAAUAAAUUCUUGGCAAACUUCGCAAUGCGAAA